GUCAGCUGAGCCGGCAGGGCGGGGGGCAGGGAUGCAGGGCCCGGCUCGCCGGCUCCCAGCCCCACCCCCUCUCCAAUGGGGGAGACCCCCUGCCACGGGUGCCCCCUAACCGGCCCCUGCUGCCUGGACGUGCAGGACACGGUCAUCCUGCUGGUGGCGCUCACCCUGGCGGUGCAGCUCGUCCUGAAGCUCGUGACGGUGAUCUGCUGCCGGCUCUGGAGGCUGCUCGCGGGGCUCGGGGGCCUGUUCGUGCCCGAGGCACCCCCACCCCCCGAUUCCCCCAUGCAGAAGCCCCGCUGCCCGACCCACGACCUGAGCCCGAUCUCUGCCCGUGACCGGCGCCCCACUCCCUGGGGGCUGCCACUGCCUCGGCGCUGCCCGCUGUGCCCGUGGCAGCCCGUGCGGCUCACCAUGGACGUCAACCUGCACCGGGACCCAGCCCGGCACGAGCACGAGGCCUCCCGGGACACCCCUCGGCCCCGCCACAACGCCCCGGGGCCCUACCAGAACUGCACCUGCCCCCGGGCCUCAUCGGCCCCCUCCGCCCUGCCCCGAGACGCCGGCCGCCCCAAGCCACGCCCGGCCACCGUCUCCCGCGGCACCGACGCCCGCCCGGCGCCCGGGGUCCGGUUCGGCCGCGCCAGCCGGGAGGCGCUCGCCUCGUCGGGCGCCAGCUCCCAGCGCCAGCGGCCCACCAAGGUCUACAUCUACCCCGUCCACCCGGAGACGCCGCCCGCCAGCCGCGACCCGUCGCCCGGGCGCCGGGAGCUGCGCUGGAAGGAGGACGCGGAGGGGCCAGCAGGGGGCGCCGGGCAGAGCCGGGACGCGGCCACCGACACCGCGGACGGGGCGGCGGGGAAGAUGGCGCCGCCCGGUGGCCGCGCCCAGUACUACAAAGGGCAGGAGCCCUCCAUGCAGGAUUGGGUCUACCGGCCCAUCAAGGAGCCGCAGUCGAACUGGAACCAAGUGGGCUAAAGUGGGGCCCUUCCCCCCCCCCCCGGCUUGGAAAAU